AUGGGAAAGAGAGGAACUAGACGUAAUAGGGCCUCUAAUAUAGACUUUUCAGAGGAGCAGGCUGUCACCAAUGAGUUGGAUGAUUUUGCCGAAGCUCGUGAAAAGAUUUUGCUAGAGGAAUCAGGAAUGGGUGCUAGAUUCGAUGCCAAUGAUAUCAGUGAUGAGGAUGAGGAAGUGGCUGUUCUAGGACUAGACGAAGAUGAAAGUUCUGAUGAAGAGGAAGCUUUGGCUAGAAAAUUCCGUGGCGCAAGUGCCAUGGAUGAUGACGAAGAUGCUGAGCUUUACAACGACUUGGAGAAAACCGAAAAGAAUGAAGAACCGGAAUGGGGUGAAUCCAGAGACGAUUAUUAUGGUGGUGCUGAAUUAGAAGAUGAGGAGGCCAUCAAACUGAUGGAGCAGGAGGCCAUCAAACAGCAAAAAAAACAUUUAGAGGAUCUUAAUAUGGAAGAUUUCUUGGAUGAUGAUAUGGAUCAAGAAUGGAAGCAGUCUGCAGAGAAGGAAACAUUAUCUACCGAAACUGCGAUGGAACCUAUCAAAGCCGAUGAACUUUCCUCCGAUGAGCAAGUCAAAUUUUUGAAGAAAGCUUAUCCUGAGUUUUUACCCCUACUAAAAGAAUAUCAAAAAAUGAAGCCACUACUCCUAGAAUUCAAGGAUCAAGACUCUCAAAUAUCCAAGGUCAAAUUCACAGCAUUAUCUGCGUAUUUGGGAACUAUUGCAGUUUAUGUCGCAUUAUUUGUAUCUGCUCUGGAAAGUAAGGAGCAGUUUACAAUGAAAGAUCACCCGGUAAUGGAGGGUAUUUUAAAUACAAGAGAGGUAUGGAGGCAGGCAAAUGAGCUGUCUGGCAAACUUUCCAACAGCAAAUUCAGUGAUGCGUCUAAGAGUAUACCGAUCGAAGGUGAAUCUGAAUCCGAAUCUGAAUACCAAUCUCUUAUCGACCACGGAGAUUCUGAAGAUAGUGGGCUGGAGGUUGAUUUGGAACAAAAUAGUGAGAAACAACAAAUACCAUCAAGCAAUAAGACAUUACAAGAUGACUCUGAUUCAGAUUCAGAUGCUCCGCGUGAGUAUAAUAUUAAAUCCUUGGAUCAUAAAAGAAAAAAUGUGGGUGAUGAUCUGACUCAGCAGGAGAAACGUGCCCGUAAACGAUCCCUGCGAUUCUACACAUCCGUUAUCGACCAAGCCGAUGGAAAAAAGACAGUUAAGUAUGCUGGUGACGACGAUAUUCCUUACAAAGAGAGACUGUUUGAGAGGCAGCAGAGAUUAAUAGAAGAAGCAAGAAAGCGUGGAGAUAAUACUAACACUUCUGCCCCUGGAGAAGCUUUAGAUGAAGGAGACUUUGAAGCUGCUGACGAGGAAGUUGCUAAGGAUGUUAAUAACUUGGACGAUUCCUACUACCAAAAUGUGCUCAAUACCAAGAAGGAACAAAAGGCUGCAAGAAAAGCUCUGUACGAAGAAGCUGUACAAGCUGCAAAGGAAGGCAAAUUGGAUCAAUUUGAGGAGAAGAUUGGAACUGAUGGUAAGCGUGCGGUCAACUACCAAAUUCUUAAAAACAAAGGUCUUACUGCUCAUAGAAAGAAGGAGAAUAGAAAUGCCAGAGUUAAAAAGAGAAACAAGUAUGAAAAAGCACAGAAAAAACUUAAGAGUAUUAGAGCUGUAUAUACUGGAGAGCAGGGUCCAUAUGAAGGUGAAAAAACUGGUAUCAAAAAGAAUCUUACAAAGAGUGUCAAACUUGUUUAA